UCCUGCUGGGGGGGCCCGGACGCCUGGGUCCCUCCCGGACGCCUGGGUCCCUCCCUGCCAACGGGAGGGGGCCUGGGGGGGGGAGGGGGCCACAGCCGCAGGCCGGCCGCUUUCCCGCUGCCUCAAGUUGCCCAAAGUCGCCCAAACUUUCCCCAAACUUCACCCCUCCCAGACGCCUGGGUCCCUCCAGGAGCCCCCCAAAAGUGGGGGGGGGGUUGGGGCCAGGGUGGGACCCGGACGCCUGGGUCCCCUCGGAGGGGACCUGGGGGGUGGGAGGGGGCAGCCCGGACGCCCGGGUCCCCCCAGCUGUGGGGCACAGGAGAGGGGGCCUGGACGCCUGGGCCCCCCCGCACCGGUGCCGCUAUGGGGCUGUGGCUGCUCUGGCUGUGGGUCCCGCUGGGCUUCGCCGAGGAGGAGACGCUGCUCAACACGCGGCUGGAGACGAGUGACCUCAAAUGGACCGUGUACCCCCCGGGGGAGGGGCAGUGGGAGGAGCUGAGCGGGCUGGACGAGGAGCGCCAGGCCUCGGUGCGCACCUUCGAGGUCUGCUCGGGGCUGGGCCCCCCCGGCCCCCCCCAGAACAGCUGGCUGCGCUCGGGCUGGGUGCCGCGCCGGGGGGCCACCCACGUCUACGCCGAGCUGCGCUUCACCCUGCUGGCCUGCGACAGCCUGCCCCGCCCGCGCCACGCCCGCCACGCCCGCCGCGGGGACACCCCCGUGGACACCGACACCCCCAUGGACACCCCCGGGGAUGUCCUUGGGGACAUGGACGUCCUCGGGGACGCCCCCAGGGACAUCCCCAGGGACGGACCCACCCACCGGGGUGCUCUGGGGGAUGGUCCCGGCGGUGAGGAUGCCCUUAGCAACGGCCCCGGCAACCGGGAUGCUGCUGGAAACGGCCUUGGCAACGACCCUGGCAACCAGGAUGCCCUUAGCAACAGCCCUGGCAACCGGGAUGCCCUUAGCAAUGGCCUUGGAAACGGUCCUGGCAACCGUGAUACCCAUAGCAACGGCCCCGGCGACCAUGGUGCUCUUAGCAAGGGUCUUGGCAACGAUCUUGGCAACCACGAUGCUCAUAGCAACGGCCCUGGCAACCACGAUGCCUGUAGCAACAGCCUUGCAAACGGCCCUGGCAACCACGAUACCUAUGGCAACAGCCCUGGCAACCACAUUUCUCCUAGCAACGGCCAUAGAAACCAGGAUGCUCCUGGCAACGGCCUUGGCAACGACCCUAGAAACCGCGAUGCUCCUGGCAACGGCCUUGGAAACGGCCCUGGCAACCACAUUUCCCUUAGCGACGGCCCUGGCAACCGUGAUGCCCGUAGCGAUGGCCCUGGCAACCAUGAUGCUCUUAGCGACAGCCCUGGCAACCAUGAUGCUCUUAGCAACAACCUUGGCAACGGCCCUAGAAACCGCGAUGGUCCUGGCAACGGCCUUGGAAACGGCCCAGGCAACCACAUUUCCCUUAGCGACGGCCCUGGCAACCGCGAUGCCCGUAGCGCCGGCCCCUCCCGCCGCCGCCGCAGCCCGUCCCCCCCCCGCCCCUGCAAAGAAACCUUCAACGUCUUCUACCACGAGGCGGACGCCGACACGGCCACGGCCCUGACCCCCCCCUGGAUGGAGAACCCCUACGUCAAGGUGGACACGGUGGCGGCCGAGCACCUCUCGCGCCGGGCGGGGGGCGCCGGGGGGGGCCGGCCCUCCGGCCGCGUCAACCGCAAAACCCUGCGCUUGGGGCCCCUGAGCCGCGCCGGGUUUUAUCUGGCCUUCCAGGACCUGGGGGCCUGCAUGGCCCUGCUCUCCGUCCGCCUCUACUUCCAGCGCUGCCCCGAGGUCACCACGCGCCUGGCCCGCUUCCCGGCCACCGUCCCGCGGGAGCUGGUGGCCCCGGUGGCCGGACAGUGCCUGGAAGGGGCCGUGCCGGCGGGGGCCGGGGCCCCGGUCAUGUAUUGCCGGGAGGACGGGAGGUGGGCAGAGCCCCCCGCCCAGGGCUGCGUCUGCGGCCCCGGCAGGGAGCCCGAUGGGGGGCUGGGGUGUCGCGCCUGCCCUCCCGAAACCUUCAAGGCGGAGGCGGGGGGGGGUCGGUGCGAGCCCUGCCCCCCCCUCAGCCAGGCCCCCUCCCCCGGGGCCACCUCCUGUCCCUGUCGCCCCGGCUUCUACCGGGCCCCCGGCGAGGGACCCGCGCUGCGCUGCUCCGCCCCCCCCUCGGCCCCCCGUAGCCUGGUGGCCCGGCUGAACGGCUCGGGGGUACGCCUGGAGUGGAGCACCCCCUUGGACGGGGGGGGACGCCCCGACAUCACCUACGCCGUGGGGUGCCGGGCCUGCCCCGAGCGGGCGCCCUGCGGCCCCUGCUCCCGCCUGGCCUUCGUCCCCGCGGCCACCGGCCUCCGCGUCCCCGGCGUCACCGUCACCGGCCUCCGGCCCUACGUCACCUACGGCUUCAGCGUCAGCGCCCGCAACGGCGUCUCCCACCUCAGCCCCCUCCCGGCCCCCGCCCAGGAGCUCAACGUCACCACCACCAAGGACGUGCCGCUGCCGGUGUAUGACGUGGUCCGGAUCGGGGGGUCCCCCACGGGGGUGACGCUGUCGUGGCCGACCCCCCCCCCGCCCCCCCCCGGGGGUCACGUCCUCGACUACGAGGUCAAAUACUACGAGAAGGUGGGGGGCGGCGAGGGCCCCCCCAUGUUCCUGAAGGUGCCGGCGCCGCGGGCGGAGCUGGGGGGGCUGCGCCGGGGGGGGCCUUACGGGGUGCGGGUCCGGGCCCGCUCCGAGGCCGGGUACGGGGACUUCGGCCCCGAGACCGCCGUCACCACCCAGGGCGCCGAGGGGUCGCGGGGGGAGCACGGGGGGCUGGUGGCAGGGGCGGCCGCCCUGGGGGGGCUCCUGGUGCUGGCGCUGCUGGCGGGGACCCUGCUCUGCUUCAGGCGCCACAGCCACCGGCACAAGGAGGACGCGGAUCGGCACGGCCACCACGGCGGGAAGCUGUACAUCGACCCCCUGACCUACGAGGACCCCGGGGUGGCCCUGAGGGACUUCGCCCAGGAGAUCGACGUCGCCUGCGUCAAGAUCGAGGAGGUCAUCGGGGCAGGGGAGUUCGGGGAGGUGUGCCGGGGCCGGCUGGCGCUGCCGGGGCGCCCCGAGUCGCCGGUGGCGGUGAAGACGCUGAAGGGGGGCGCGGGGGAGCGGCAGCGCCGGGAUUUCCUGGGGGAGGCCGCCCGCAUGGGGCAGUUCGCCCACCCCAACGUGGUGCGGCUGCGGGGGGUGGUGACGGCCAGCGCCCCCGCCAUGAUCCUCACCGAGUUCAUGGAGAACGGCGCCCUCGACGCCUUCCUGCGGGGCCGGGUGGGGACGCUGGGCCCGCUGCAGCUGGUGGCCAUGCUGCGGGGCAUCGCGGCCGGCAUGCGGUACCUGGCCGAGACCGGCUUCGUCCACCGCGACCUGGCCGCCCGCAACAUCCUGGUGGACGCCCAGCUGGUCUGCAAGGUCUCCGACUUCGGGCUGUCCCGCGCCCUGGAGGAGGAGAGCUCGGCCGACCCCACCUACACCAGCUCCCUGGGGGGGAAGAUCCCCAUCCGGUGGACGGCGCCGGAGGCCAUCGCCUUCCGCAAGUUCACUUCGGCCAGCGACGCCUGGAGCUACGGCAUCGUCAUGUGGGAGGUGAUGUCCUUCGGGGAGCGACCCUACUGGGACAUGUCCAACCAGGACGUGAUCAACGCCAUCGAGCAGGAUUACCGGCUGCCGCCGCCCCCCCCGUGCCCCACGGCGCUGCACCGCCUGAUGCUGGACUGCUGGCAGCGCGACCGCAACGCCCGGCCCCGCUUCCCCGACAUCGUCAGCGCCCUCGACCGCCUCAUCCGCCACCCCGCCACCCUCCGCGUCACCGCCCCUGACACCCACCGGCCGUCCCCGCCCCGGCUGGCGCAGCCCGGCCCCCCCGGCCCCCCCGGGCCCCCCUUCGCCUCGGUGGGCGAGUGGCUGCGCACCCUCCAGCUGGGCCGAUACGAGGAGACCUUCAGCAGCGCCGGCGUCACCAGCCUGGAGCUGCUGCCGCGGCUGCGCAGCGAGGACCUGCUGCGCAUGGGGGUGACGCUGGCCGGCCACCAGCAGCGGAUCCUCGACAGCGCCCAGAGCCUGCAGAGCCCCCCCAAGGGAGACCCCCACUUCUGAGCCCACCCCCCCCGCCCCCGGCCCCGGCCCUGCCAAGAUGGCCGCCAGGGCACCACGGACCCGCUCAGAGGGGCUGGGCCCUGGGUGAGUCACCAAGAUGGCCGCCAAGCCAAGAUGGACACCCCGAGAUGGACGUCGAGUCGAGAUGGCCGCCAAGCCAAGAUGGCCGCCAAGCCAAGAUGGCCACCCCAAGAUGGCUGCCAAACCAAGAUGGCUGCCCCAAGAUGGCUGCCAAGCCAAGAUGGCCGCCCCAAGAUGGCUGCCAAGCCAAGAUGGCCACCCCAAGAUGGCUGCCAAACCAAGAUGGCUGCCCCAAGAUGGCUGCCAAGCCAAGAUGGCCGCCCCAAGAUGGCCGCCAAACCAAGAUGGCCGCCACAAGAUGGCCGCCCUGCGCCCUGCCCUGUGAUACCAAAGCGUGACUUUGCCCCAUGAUGUCACUGUGACAUCACCGGCGCCGCCGACGUCGUCGCUUGCUGCCCGGGGACUCCAGGUUGGUGAUGUCACGGGGCGGUGGGCGGGGCCUGGCGUGUGAUGUCACGCCCCCGGCGCGCCUGUGAUGUCACCACUCGCAACCUCAUUGGCCCCUCCCCGGUGAUGUCAUAAGGGCCCUGAUGAUGUCGCAGCUCCUUGGCCCCGCCCUUUCUGUUGAUCCGGAGUGGGCGGGGUCAGGGAAGCCACGCCCA